AUGGAAUGUAAUUCGUGUAAAUGCACCGACGAUGGAACCGACAUGGUUUGCACGAAAAAACUCUGCGUUCCGGAAAAUGGAGGAGAACACAAAGAAGGAGAACACAAGGAACAACCGCAGGGUGAUCAACCCAAAGAAGAAACUCAAUCCGUGACCGACGACGAACACAAAGACAAGCCACAGAGCGAUCAAGCCGCAGAAGAAACUCACGCGGAAACCGAAGAACACAAAGAACAAACCGAAGAUGGAAAACCGAAAGAAGGAGGAGAUGACGCUGCAAAGACUGAAACUCACGAAGAUGAAAAAAAAGAAGAAACCGAAGAGAAACCCCACACCGAAACCGAAACCAAAACUGAAGAAAAAACCAAGGAGGCAGAGCACACAGAAGAGCACGUACAAAACGACGAAGCCAAAGCAGAAGACGUAGAAGACAAAAAGGAAGAAACGGAAGAAAAGAAGGAAGAAGCAGAAGAAAAGAAAGAAGAAAAAGCCGAAGACAAAGAUGAAGAUUCGUGCACACCGGGAGAAACAUUUAAAAAACUUUGCAACGAUUGCACGUGCCCACCAACAGGACAUAAAUCGGCAGCCACGUGCACGCUUUUGACAUGCGGUGAAGAAGCUCAUUAA